AUGCUGUGGCUCGAGCUCCUCGGCCUGUACUCCUGCCUGCGGCUCUCGCGAUGUGCGCUCGAACUCCUAACCUGCCUCCUGGCGUGGCUCUCCCAGAGGGGGCGAAGACGGAAGGCUGCGAAGGCCAAGCUUUCCAAGUCGGCACCAGCCGGCGUCUCCAGUGCUGUAGGCGCCGCGCCCCCCGCGAACAGCGAGCCCAGCCACAGCCCGCAGCUGUCCCUCCACGUCUGCCUGCUGAGCGGCCGGGGCCUGGACCUGCGCAUGGCGGCCAGCGCAGGGCUGGCGGAACUGCGGUGGCGAGUUGAGGAGGAGCUGGGCACCCGCAGCGUCGACCUGAUCAGCCCCAAAGGCGACAUCCUCCGCGGCGAUGGAACUCUCCAGGCUUUUGGCCUGCAGGAUGGCGACUUGCUGCAGCUUGCCCUGCACUGGCGUAAGGGCUUACGCCUGGGGGGUCUAAGGAUUGCUUAUUACAAGUGA